UAUUAUAAAGAAUUGCAACAACGUUUUUGAUAAAAAAAACAAGAAAACAAUACAACUUACGCUUUCACACAUUUUAAACUUUUGUUUAACAGUAGGAGUACGAUUUAGGUUGUUUGUACUAAACAUAUUAGCGGGUAGAUAGUUCAAAACAUGAUGGAAACGGACCAGCCUUCUACGUCGUCUGGAACUGUAAAAAAACGUUUUGAAGUAAAGAAGUGGAAUGCUGUUGCUUUAUGGGCAUGGGAUAUUGUUGUAGACAACUGUGCCAUCUGUCGUAACCAUAUCAUGGAUUUGUGCAUUGAAUGCCAAGCCAACCAGGCUUCUGCUACUUCUGAUGAAUGCACAGUAGCGUGGGGGGUGUGUAAUCAUGCCUUUCAUUUCCACUGCAUCUCAAGAUGGCUAAAAACUAGACAGGUUUGCCCCCUUGAUAACCGUGAGUGGGAGUUCCAGAAGUAUGGUCGUUAAUCCAACAUUAAAACAGUUGCAAAAAACAUAUAUCUUAAAACUUUUAAAAAGGCUGUCAGGAGCCAUGUGUGGUUCCUUGUAGUUAAGCUUGCUUUGUUUUGUUUUUGGUUAUAAUUUAUUAAACAAGUUGAUAAAUGCCUAAUGAUUGGCAGUUAAGUUUUUUCAUGUUUUCCAUUUUGGAUUCUAAAAAUUUGUAAACUUUAAAGGGAGCAUUGUAUAUGGAGUUAACCAUAAUAGGCUAUUCUCUUUCUCUAUUGCAUAAACAAAUAAAAAUAAACAGUUUUCACCACUUUUUUGAUGCCUUUGUUGUUUUGUUAUUCCAAUACCGGUGUUUAACAUUGGCAAGUCACAGUUUAACUGAUUAACGUUUGUUUAAGACCAAAAUAAACUUGAAAGUUACUUACCAUUCAAUAUUGUUUGAGUAAUAAUAAAUGAUUUGUAGUGAACAUUGAUAUUCAUUUGGAAACAUCAAUAAAUUAAGGUCAGACA